UAGUGGCCCUCUCGCCCAACCCAACGCCUCUUGGUCUCAUGGUUUUGAUCCAGACCCAGCAGAGAUCACCACGCCGUCGAUAAUACAUACCUCCGAGUGACCUCUGGUCUUUGCACUUUCCUCAUCCCGGAUUCUUGUCUCGUUAUAUUGCUGUCCUCCCCGCCGUUUGUGUGUGCUACGUCCUACAUAUAUUCUCUCCGAACACUCGUCUCUUACCACACGGCCAUCAUCAAAAUGGCCAUCGGGAGUUUACCUACAAACCCGGAGAGUUGGGCCCGCUGGCCUUACCCGCAACACGACGGCGCCGACUUCAGCAUGACGCCGACCAGCAUGAUUUCCUAUGACUGCCGGACGACAACCACGGCCCAUAUCCCGCGCCCCGAACUGUCCCAGCAUUUCGUUCCAGGCACCUUCAACUCGGCUCCGAUGCCCUCCCCACCAUCUCCCCACUACCACGCACCUGUUUCCUACGACGGAUACAACCCUUACAGCGCACCGGCCAUGCUAGAUGCACCUUUCAAGCCCCAGGAGUCUAUGGAGCGCCUGCAGCCGCGUUGUAUGGGGCCUGAACCGGUUGCAAACGGAGGGACUCAAGGGCGUGUCAACAGUUUGCCAUUUAUCAAGAGGAGCUGUAGCCCGUCGGUCAAGAGCGAGGCCAACUCGACUCUUUCCAGCUCGCCAUCUCCCAAGGCCGUCGCCUCCAGCGCGCGGGCGCAAUCCUCCCCCGUUCACCAGUUCAACACGGCCAUCGACAACGUCAUGCGAGUAAUCGAGUCCAAGCGUGAGAUCCUCGGCCCGUCGGACGAGGUAGAGCUCGUGCAAACGGACGAAGAGAAGAAGGAGGUGGCGAAGGACAACCAGACACAGCGAGGUCGUGGGAAGGCGAAGCGGAAGCGUUUCUGCUGCGAAAUCCCCGGGUGCUCCAAGAUGUUCGCCCAGAAGAACAACCUUGACACGCACCGACGAUCCCACACUGGCGAAAGCCCUUAUGUUUGCCCAUACUGCCAACGCCGUUUCACACAAAGCGUCAACCUCAAGACACAUAUCAAUCGCCACACCGGAGAAAGACCCUACGAAUGUCCCGAGUGUGACAAGUGUUUCCCUCAGCUCUCGAAUGUCAAGGCGCACAUGAGGACACACAUAAGGAGAGAGUUGAGAGCCGUUUGGGUCUGCAGGUUCGCAAACUGCCCCAAGGCCUUUACCGCAAAAGGGAACCUGAAGGCCCACCAGAACACGUACCACGUCGAGGAAAUCGAGGCCUUCAAUGCUAAACUCGCCGCCAUGAAGGACAAGAACAUGAUAUCCGAGGAGGACAAGGAGAUGGCCAAGUACCUCGGCGACGUCCACAACCUUGCCAACAAGGGCAUCAAAGGCCGCGGCAAGGGCCGCAAGGUCAAGCGGGUCAUGAUGCUGCACCCGCCGCAGCAACAAUCGUCCCCCGCUACGAGCCCCAUCAGCGCCGACGGCCACACAGGCCCCUAUCCGAUGUCACUCCUGCCCCACGCUCUCUCGCAUCUCCACAUGACCCAGCAGCAGCAGCAACAGCAACAACAACAACAACACCCGACCAUGAACCACGGGCUCCCUUACUACGGGGUGAGCAACCCGGCCGCCUACAGCAUGAGCAGACCUCCCAACAUGCUCUUCGGCUCUCUAAGCAUCAACACGCGGGAGCCGUACGUGCACGGUGGCUACGGCAUGGACUCGGACCAGCUCAGCGACGCCAGCAGCGUCCACGGCUCUACCCCCGUCAUGCACACCUACGAGGAUGAGCAUGGCCGGGAACUGGCUUUUGGCGAAAGGCUUUACUAAGAAUCCAUCUCCGGUUCCUGUUCUCUUUUGUCUUGGGGCUGGCUGUUUUGAACACUUUCUGUUUCGCCUACUGUUUGCAUUCUCUCCCUCAUUACAAAACCUCGAAACUUGUCUUCUGUUUCUUUUUCACGUCAUAUUAUAUAUCUUGGACCGAAAAGGGGAGGCCAGAAUCUGUUCGCGAGCGAUAAGGAGAGGUUGUUUUUCAUUUUCACGAAACGGCAUGGCGGUUGCGGGAGUUUGUAUUUUUUCCCCUUUGUCUUGUUUCCCC